CCCCAUUCAGAUUCGACAAGAGAUGGAGGGAUAAUGAUGAGUGCUGUCACAUAAUCACCAACAGAUGGAGUAGAGGGGGGCAGGUUAGUGAGAAAUUGAAAGAUUGCCAGAAGGAUCUUCAGAACUGGGCAAGAAUUGACCACAACAACAAAAUCAGAAGAGAAUAAGAAAUUAAAGCAAGAAUCCAAGUUUUACAAGGCCCAAACAGGACCAACGAGAUGAUCAACGAAGAAAAGAGUCUUAAUUUGGAACUCUCUAUGAUCUGGAACACAGAGGAGGAAUUCUGGGCACAAACUUCACGGAACUGCUGGUUGCAAGAAGGUGAUCAAAACACAGGGUUCUUCCACGCCAAUACCAUCAAAAGGAGGAAUAGGAACAAGAUUCUCAAACUGAAGAACUCCGAAGGAAUCUGGCUUGAGGAAAAACUGGACAUGGACACUCAUGUCAACGCUCUCUAUCGUGACUUGUUCACUAGCAAGGAAGGCCUUUUCGACUACUCUCUCUUGGAUGGCUUCCCACAGCUGGGAGCUAACAAAGCCACUAAACCUGAUGGCUUCCAGGGUUUCUUCUUUAGGAAAUUCUGGAACCUGAUCGGGGACCAGCUUUGUGAAUAGAUCACCUGCUUCUUCAGGACCAAUGUGAUGCCGGAGUCGUGGAAUGAUACUUUUAUCACCAUUAUCCCAAAAGUGGAGACCCUAGAGACGAUUGGCCAAUUUCGGCCAAUCAGCUAGUGCAAUUUCAAGUACAAAGUCAUAACAAAAAUCAUGACAAACA